GACAAAAGAAAAGGAAAAUUUUACCUAAUAAUAACUGCAAGCAUGGACAUCCAGCAGAAAACUAUGAAGUCACCUUCGAAGGAUUCAUCUGAUUCCCCUGAUAAAAAACGCAAGUUCUUAGAAAUCGCGCCCUUAUUAAAACCAGUUGCCCUCAGUAUGUCAAACAGUUAUGGAUUGGAUUGGUAUAUGAUCAACGUGGAAAACAACAUCCCCCGAAAAAAGAGGAGGUACUUCGUCAACCUAUCGUUCUUCUCCGAUCAACUGCAUAAGUUCAUCCCGCACUCCCUGCACCUUCUAAAGUACCCAAACUGGACCACCAUCUUCCUGGCCACAACGCCUCGUGGCUUCAUGUACUAUCAAGCCCACUUCCCGAUGAAACCCAUCCUGACAUUCACACCCAUGAUCAUGAAGCUAAGAGCCGGACAUCUGCCCAUGAUAAACAAUUCUAGGCCAUCAAAGUCAAUUUCAGUAAUACGUCGGCGUCGCAAAUAAAUUGACAAAAGGAAAGGAAAUUUUUACUUAAAGCUAAAAUGAAAAG